UAAUUUAUUUUAACAUGUUGCAGUUACAAAUGUUGUAAUUAAAAUGCGCGAUUUAACAAAGAUCACCUGUAUCAUUUAUGAUCAAGCAUUGUUAAACUUGCAGGUUGUUACGUGCUCCAUUGUUCAGUGGUAAACAAUGAAGCUAUUCACUCGAUAUAAGAGAAAUCACAUAAACGCAAAGGUCUUGAAGUAAAAUUUCAAUCAUUUUCGACACAAAAUGAUUUGGCAUUUCUUCCAUCGUCCUGAAACAGUCGGCGAAAUGUUACAUAAUGAUGAAAACGUGGAACCAAAAAGAAUCGAAAUUGUAUUUCACUCCAAGACGAUGUCGUUGAUCGCCUUAGCUUGCAUCUUUACAAUGAUUGUGAAUACAUGGAUCUGUUACAUAAUCUACAGCAGACGACAUCUCAGAUCAUCGUGCACAGCCCUCAUUGUGGCAAACGUCGCUAUUGUGGAUAUCAUAGUCACCACUAAAGAUUUUCCAUACCUUUUAUCCGUCUUUCUAUCUUCAACAUGGUACUUUGAAAUACAUUGGUGUGGCUCUUAUGGUCUAACAAACGUUAUAUACAUCAUUGUAUCAGUGUCGACGUUGGUUUCUAUCACAACUGAUCUUUAUCUUUUCACGAAAGAAAAAGCUGAGGAAUGCACUUCAACAAGGGAUCUUACACCACCUGGCCAUUAUAAGGUCGCAUUACUUGGUUAUGUAAUUGCUCAAACCACUCUUUCUUAUUCUCUCAGUCUUCUUUGGAGUAAAUAUGCAUUUCUUGCUCGUAAGGCAUUCUGUCAAGUGAAGUUUUCUUCAACGGCAUUUCCUGCAUCCCUAGUCGUAUCAAUUCUUUUUCUCAUACCAAUUGCUACCCUGACUUUCUCCAUGUUGGGCAGUCUAAGAAAAGUCAAAAAAAGAUCAAACAACACAAGGGAAACUAUAAAAAGUGAAUUCUCGUCGGAAAGUGACAAUGAUCGAUUGAGUGAAGAAGACAAUGAAAUCCAUCGUUAUCUACAGGCGGCUAUCGGUAUGUUCCUCCUGUCCUGGUGUUUCUAUAUUGUGGACGGCUUUUAUCCAUCGCCACACAGUCCUAGUAUUCCGGGGGUGAUUUCUGCAUUCAUUCCCAUCAUGAUAACCUCCCUAGUUCCUUUGUUCUAUGUGCUUACACACAAAAGAGUGAUUUCAGUUUGUUACAGCUCUUCUUCCAGCAAAGUUUAAGCUUUGACUUUACACAAAUUGCUCCAUUAACAUGAAUCAUCAGAUUCAUAAUCGUGACAUUGUUGCAAUUUUCAAAGACAUUUUCUAUUUAUCAAGGACAUUUGAUAAGGAUAUUUCGAUGAAUGUAGGCAACUAUCUAGACUUGAUAUUGUGGUUUUAAAAUUUGCUGUUUUGUUCAUGCAUAAUAACAAUAAAAAAUAAUAAUCACAUGAAAAAUA